AAGUAUUAUCUGCAAGACAAUGACUGCUCGAACUGAAUCAUCAGCAGCAACUGGACGCGUUACUUCAAGAAUACCAAGACAUCUUCUUCGAAGAUAUCAGUUGACUGGGAAGAACUCAUAUCGUUCAACAUGGAUCUGA